GUGGCUGCACUCCAGCGGCAGAUCUUCGAUUUCCUGGGCUACCAGUGGGCGCCCAUCCUGGCCAACUUCCUACAUAUCAUGGCUGUCAUCCUGGGCAUCUUUGGCACCGUGCAAUAUCGGUCCCGUUAUCUCAUCCUGUACGCCGCCUGGCUGGUGCUCUGGGUUGGCUGGAAUGCCUUUAUCAUCUGCUUCUACCUGGAGGUUGGACAGCUAUCCCAGGACCGGGACUUCAUCAUGACCUUCAACACAUCCCUGCAUCGCUCGUGGUGGAUGGAGAAUGGGCCAGGCUGCCUGGUGACUCCUGUUCUGAACUCCCGCCUGGCCCUGGAGGACCACCAUGUCAUCUCCGUCACUGGCUGCCUGCUUGAUUACCCCUACAUCGAAGCCCUCAGCAGUGCCCUGCAGAUCUUCCUAGCUCUGUUCGGCUUCGUGUUUGCCUGUUAUGUGAGCAAAGUGUUCCUGGAAGAGGAGGACAGCUUUGACUUCAUCGGUGGCUUUGACUCCUAUGGGUACCAGGCGCCGCAGAAGACAUCGCAUUUACAGCUGCAGCCUCUGUACACGUCAGGGUAGCCUCUGCCCCGCAGCAACCCGCGUACCUGGGCAACUGGAGUGAGAAGCAGCACUGUAAAGGAGCUCGGAUCACGAUGGGCAGGCGCGCCCUCUGGCGGCCCACUGGCUGACUGCAACUUGCGGAGCCCCUCCUGGAUAUGUGGGCCCCUGGAGCAAAUGCGGAUUCAGACUCGGACUUGGACUUGACCCUGGCUCUGGCCAUGACCCUUAGCAGCCGGACUUUAGGGUUGGGGCAGGACGGGACGGGGGUGGGAGGGGGAAUCGCUGGGUUUGUAUUUUUUUUAAUCUCAGCCUUGGUACGUGCCUGGGCCUUCCUCUUUCUUCAGCUUCACUCCUUACCUAGUAUUUUGCCCUCAGUCCAAACAUCAAGACAGAUGGACUCACCCCAUCUCAUCCCUCAUUCACCUGCACUGGGGAAGAUAUUGUGAACUAGGAGUAGAGUGUUGGGCUCCAGCUGCAGCAGCAUCACUGACAUCCUGUGUGACAUCUAGCGCAGCCUUUGCUCUCUCUGGGCCUCAGUUUCCCCACCUCAGAUAAUUAAGAUAAUCCCUUAGCAGAGGACACUUCUAGCACUGUCAUUUGGCUGUCAGUUCGCUGGGCUACAGUGCAGAUAUGGAAACUAAGGCCCAGAGAUGUGAGGUGACUUGCUGGAGCCUCACAGUAAGGCUUUAGUGAAGGCAGGCUUUGACUCCUGAGUUAGACUCUGCUACCCAGUGUCUGGCCUCUGGACUUGGCUCACAAGACCCCGUGUAGCUUGGACAUUCCUGUACACUCACAGACCAUCAUCACCACUCACCAGCGCCACUCUUAAAGCAAUAUACGAGUUUCUUCUCUUGUUCAAGGGAACCAGACAGACAGAGCCCAAAGCCUUGAGUUCAGCCCCACCCACAGGAAGCCUUUGUAGACUCAGCCUACCCUUCUUUGGCAAACCUUCGAACCUCAUCCUCCAGGAAAGCAGGACCAGGUCUCACCCUACAGUCCACCAGAUCACUAAGCCUGUGUCUCCUAUCCCAUGAUCCUCUGCUGACCCUCAAUUCCUCCACCUACUUCACCACUGUGGUCUCAGACGGGAGGACGAUGGUGUCCAGGAGUGCUGAUGGGGCAGAGUGGGGGUGUGAGUGACUGUGGUCGAGAGAGUCAGCACCCCACCCUUCCCGAGGACAAGCAGAGAGGAGGGUUCUUCCUCAUCUCCUCCCUCCACCGGUGCCCCGAGGACUGCUUGGUGACUUAUGUGCAGAGAGCAGAUGUCAAUGCCCCAAUCUGUGGAGCUGGAGCCACCCUGGAUCAGGAAACCCAGCAGAGAGCUUGGGCAGUAGAGACAGUUCACACCACACUGUGCUCACAUCCCUUCCCGUCCUCCACUCCAGGCUUUCCCAAGCUAGGAUGGCAAGCCCACUCCAUCCAAUAGGCCACCCAGAACAGCCAGGCCUGGGAUCUCCUCUAGCCUGGGUGGUGAGCCUAAUCAGAUGGGGACAAAUUUCCUUUAGACCAGGCUGCCUCUUGUCACUGGGCCACCUCCCCCCUGCAGCACUUGCUCCUCUCAUCCCUUCCCCCAGACCUCUUCCACUCAAAGGUUUAGCCACUGGUGCUUUGGACCUUUUGGUUUAUAAGCCGGGUUUUGCAGGGGGACUGGGUUUGCUUCUCAAUGAGAACCUGUGGACUGGGACCUCCCUGGUAUCCAUGCAGGUGGGGUGAUUAAAAAAAGGUGUUUUCUUCA